CCUCCCCGCCGAGCGCCGCACGAGCCCACCGCGCACCGCCGUCCCCGGUCGCCGCGCGCGGACCGGACGUCGCCACCAGGGACUCUCAGGCCUCAGCUUCAACUCUAGGUAAUUUGGUCUACUAUUAUCCCAGAAGCUGCAAUGACGGAGAUCAAGCUGCCGAAUAUCCAGAAAGCUACAUCAAGUGAUCACUGGAGUUUGGCCAGCAACCAGUAUCCAUCUGGUAAAUUUCCUAAGGUAUCAAUUGGCAUACCUCAUCCAAGGUCAGAUUCUGUAUCAAGAAGCAGAGAUGUUGCUGCUGCUGCUGCUGCUGCCCCUGCAUUCGAGAGGAACCUGUCUCAGAGAACUGAUGGAAGAUCGAGACCUCCGAAAGCGAAUAAUGCUUCACUCCGGGUCUCACAAGAAGCUGCAAACCAUGGAGGAUCUGCUACAGAGGCACCUGAAGCCGCCCAUGUUAAGGUUUCUCUGUCACAACCUGAUGACCAUGCACGUGAGCAAACCGGAACCUUUUCCUUUGGAACAAGAAAAGAACAAGGCAGCCAGCUUGACCAACUGCAGAAGACAUCUGUCGUGAAUUCACAAGGAAAGCGCCGAGUGGAAUCUGCAGAUAAGACCAAACCCAACAGCGAAGUGCUCAGGAUGAAGCUGUGGGGGAUCCUUGGCACAUCACAAACCAAGCAGGCUGUUGCUUCACCAAACCCUGAAGACAUUGAGAGACCGGACCAACCUAAAAGUCUAACCGCCAAUGGACCAUCUUCAGGGAUCAAGAAGGUUUACACGUCACGUUUUCCUGAUAUUAUCAAGACACCUGAUCUUCUCAACUGUCAAACAGCUACCUAUGCAAAGAGCAAACCAUCCUCUGAUCCAAUUGAGUCAGAUUCUGAUACUCCACAAGUAGUUGAAGUGAGGCCCGUUACUCGCACCUUGGGUCGCACGAAAGCACCAGCAGCCUCCAAGAAGCAGGAUAAGAGCCAGAGUGCAAAGAAACCAUUGUCUACUUCACGUUCUGCACCCAAGCAGAAAACACUGGACAGUGUGUUUGUUUUUGAUGAGAAAUGCACACCCAAAACCGUGGGGAAAUCUGCAAAUGGUAACUCUCGCUGCUUGAGAAAUCUUAGAAGCUCAAAUAGGAAGGCUAAAUUAGAGCUUAAGAAGGUCCAUUGUUCUGACAAGAUUUCUGAUAAGAUCACACAGGAUGCUAGGGAAGGACAGCAAUCUUCUAGAAAUGCAGCAUCGGAGAAUAAGGGAGAGAAAACCACCUCCUUUUCUUCGUUGUCCCGAACUGGAAAAACUGCUGAGAGCCGUUCUAGAAGCCCUACAAGGGAGAGACGGCUGAAUGGGGCUAAAGUUGGGCUUCAGAAGACGCAUUUGUCAGAGAAGUUGCUGCCCACGACACUGAAUGAGGGUGAAGAUAAGCUCUCUUCGCAGAAUAUUUCAUCAAAGAGCAAGGAAAAUUAUUCUUCAUUGCUGCACCGGAAGGAGAAUUCUAAUUUGAGCAAAGCUUCAGACCGAAGCCCUCAGGCACAUAAACCAGCGGGAAAUACAUUUAGCUUGCCACCAUCUGGCGCUGCUAGUCCAUCACCUGAACCGAAAAUGUACCCAUGGGGCAACGAGGCAAGUCCCCAGAUAAAUGGUAAACCAUCUGGCGCUGCUAGUCCAUCACCUGAACCAAAAAUGUACCCGUGGGACAAUGAGGCAAGUCCCCAGAUAAAUGGAAAACCAUCUGGUGCUGCUAGUCCAUCACCUGAAGCGAAAAAGUACCCAUGGGACAAUGAGGCAAGUCCCCAGAUAAAUGGCAAACCAUCUGGUGCUGCUAGUCCAUCACCUGAAGCGAAAAAGUACCCAUGGGACAAUGAGGCAAGCCCCCAGAUAAAUGGUAAACUGGGAGAGAAGUUUGCCAGUCCAUUGGCAGCCAGAUUCAGAGACAUGGGAGAUGAGUUUGCAAGUCCUACUUUUGCAACUAAUGUAAAUGGCUACCACAAUAGAAGCAAAGUGCUACAUGAUGACACAUACAGCCCCAAGUAUCCAAAAAGUGUGAACAGGUCAAGAUCAAGUUCCUUUGCUUCUGAUCCAGGGUCUGAGCCAUUGGACGGGAUGGAUAAAACCUAUGAGUUACCUAAAAGUGAAUCUCCCAAUACUUCAGAAGAAAGAGAGAACAAAAAACAACCAUAUCUUUCACCCAUUUUGCCAACUGAAGAUGAAAUGGCUCAAACUUCUAUUCCAAGUUUUGGGAAAGGAUAUAAAACUCGCAAAUGGCUUUCAGAUGUAGACAGCCCUGAUAAAUCUCCAACAGAAAAUCUGGAUAAGAAAUCACAUCUAAAAGAGGGUAAAAGAGGCAAACGGCGGUUACCUUCGCCUGUUCCUUUUGCCACUUCUGGAACACAAGAAACUAUGAUGUCAGACAAAGAACCAGUGCAAUGCCCAGAUGACUACCUGAACAGGGCUUUUGAUGAGUUACUGCUGGUGCUGGGAAGGUUUCAAACCAAGAUCAAGUCUGAAACAAGAAAUAGAAGUUCCGAGAUACUGGCAGGUACUGGAGAGAUAAUUCGCCAGCACCUGGAGGGAGUUGAGGUGCAGAUGCAGGAUGAUGUGGAUAAGCUGGUCAAUGCAGGAAAAUCUAAAAGGAAGCGACUAAACUCAACAUUUGAAGAGCAACAGGAACAGUUACGGAUUCUUCAUGAGAAGUUUAAGGAGGAGGUUAAUCAGCAGUUGCUUGGUUGCAAGAACUCUCUCGAGGAAUUUGAAGCCUAUCAUGCAGAACUUAAGGCAGUAGCUGAGAAGCAAAAAGCAUCACACAAGAAGCUCCUCCAACACGCCGAGAGCAGAGUUGGUUCUCAGCUCAACGAUGCUGAAAUCAAAAUCGCGAAGGUUCAGAAGAGAGCCCGGAAGAAGAUGAAUGGCCUGAAACACGUGCUCAAGGAGCUCAUCAUGGACACCGCAGAUUGAUCAAGUUCACCUGCUCUACAGGACAGAAGUAGAUAGCUACGGCGAAACCUGUAGGGCGGGGCAUCACGUCACAAACAGCAGGUCCACAUACGGCUCACAAAGGGUUUGCUCACAGUUUUCAGUUUGAAGAACUAUUCCAAAGCAGUAGGAGGCUAUCUGUAGUUACAAUGCAUACCGUUUCACCAUCUCUAACGUUUUGCGUCAGUGAAUCGCUAACUUAACCAUGCCGUGUUUCUUUCAGUGAAUUGUGUCCUGGUAUUGUUUCUUGUUUCCAGACUGAAUAACGUAAUGAUCAAGUACAAAGUCACAAAUGCUUAAGUUAGAUUUGCUGCCAUGUGAACGUGAUGGUUUAAAUCAAGUGUACUCGUCUGGUGACAUAUUUGAUGUCUUUCUUCCA